AUGAAAGGUCUAUUUAAUAAACCAGAAGCUAUUAUCUACACCGAAAAUUCAGAUGCAGUUGUCGAAGUGAAUGAUUAUAUAUUCUAUAAAGAAGUAAAAUACACUAUUGAUGAAUUUCUCAAAAAUAUACAAGAAGAAAUAAAUUUCCAAAAGAAAGAAAGUCGCGAAUUCGUUGAUUAUUUGUCCCAUGAACACGAAAAUAUAGAUGAAAGUAUUCGCAAUCUGCUACGAUGUUUAGAAGAUGAAAUAUUUGAAAGGGACUGUGGUGUCUGCUGUAUUGAUGGGGUCCGUGUUGACGCUUCUUCUCAAAACCUUUGCCGAAAUUCAUUUGGUUUUCAAAUUAGAGCUGGUUAUAAUAACUUUGUUAAAAGUCAAUAG